AUGUUGUGCACUCCAACCAUCAACAACGUCGCUAUCACCAAGACCUUCAUCGAUAGGGGUGCCGGCCUCAACGUGAUCUCCAGCACUACCUUUGAGACGCUCCAAGUGCCCUAUGACCAGCUGAUGACGACCAGGCCAUUCUCCGGCAUGACGUACGGGUCUACCAUUCCCCUAGGACAAGUGCGUCUCCCUGUCACCUUCGGCACCUGCAACAACUACCACUACGAGCUCAUCGACUUUGAUGUGGCCCACGUCGGCCUCCUAUACAACGCUAUCCUAGGAUACCCCACACUUGCCAAGUUCAUGGUGGCGACCCACCACAGCUACAACGUCCUCAAAAUGCCUGGCUGCAGCGGCGUCAUCACUGUCGCCUGCGAUGAGAAGGAUGUGGUCUACUCCCUUGAGCAUGCUUAG